GGCCCAUGCUGCCGGACAUCGUCGUGAUCUUGGCUUGUUCGCUCAAUGUCGUUGUCCGCUAAGUUUUGAUACACCUCUUCUGUUGAGCAAUCCUGGUGUGUUGAAAACUAUGUUUUAACUUUGUCUUUGAUGCUUAUUACUAUGCUUUCCUUUGUCGCAGAAUUACCAUAAUCAGGAAAGGGAGGGAGCGAAGUUGUUGGCCGAUGAUGAUAUGAGAUUGACAACCUGUUUCCUGCAUCCUCUAGGAGUAGGAUUUGAAAGCGUUUUGGGAAGUAGACUGAAGACCAAGACGAUGGUAAUUUUGGUGAUGUGAGACGGUGUGGUAGCCACCCAAUUAGUCGUAAUUCUGCGGCCGCAUGUUGUGACUCAACUUGAUAAUUCUGUGUUUCACGAAACAACAUCACAUAUUUUCAAGAGGAGUGGUCGAAGGAGAACUUUUCUAUGUUGUUAAUGUAUAGUGCUGGGGUUUAUGCUGAUUGCGCUGAUUUGGAAGUUCGAUUUCUCGCCGUUUAUGAUCCUGGUCAUUGCCAUUCUCAACGACGGCACAAUCAUGACCAUCUCCAAGGACAGAGUGAAGCCAUCCCCACAUCCAGAUAGCUGGAAGCUACUGGAGAUCUUCAUCACCGGCAUCGUCUAUGGUGCCUACCUUGCUGUGUUGACCGUGGUGUUCUUCUUCGCCAUGACUAGCACCGACUUCUUCAGCGAGAAGUUCCACGUGCGUUCGCUAAGGAGCAACAAGGACGCGAUGAUGUCUGCCGUCUACCUUCAAGUGAGCAUCAUCAGCCAGGCCCUCAUCUUCGUCACCCGGUCGCGCUGCUGGUGCUUCCAGGAGCGCCCGGGGCUCUGGCUCUGCUUCGCCUUCGUCGUCGCGCAUAUCAGAACGGUUGUUCGGUGACUGAGAUACCUUUAGUGAGUUGAUGGUUUGACUUGCUAGGUAUGCCUGCAAGGAGGACACUGUAAUUUGGUCCAACAAAGGUUCUCAUUCUGAAAGAAACAGCAACUAUGCAAGAGCUUAUUGACGGAGAUUAUGAAAUUUGCAGUUCAUGUUCUGGACAUCAGAUUGAUACUUUACCAAAGGUGCACCAAUCGGCCCUCCGUCUCCUAGGGUGAUGGCGCAAUGACAUCGAUAGCGACAGCAAUUACGCACAUGUGAUGGUGGAUUUGUCAACUGACUUCAUAUCUCCAUCUCUACUACCUAAAAAACCUGUAACACUUCAUUCCGAUCUUCUGUCUUAUGUUGUUUUGUCCAACUGCACACAUUUCUCUGGUCGUAUGCUAGAUUGGAAGAAUCGGAACAUUUCCUACUGCGUUUGUAAUGAUGCAGUACGGUUAAAAACUUUUUAUUUACUUGAGUCUGCUACCUCAGAUUGAUGCGUGAUGCUCGGGCAGUAAUAGUCUAAGCUUCAUCGUGUAACAAGCUCCACCUGCGUGCAUAGGUAAGUGGUUCUGGUACUGCUGCUAUUUUUGUUUGUUAUAUUUGUUGCCAGUCUGAUUGCUACUAUCUACUGUACGUGCUUAUUGUUUGGCUUUGAA